UUCUCCUAGAUUUAUUAGUUUUGAAAUACUUUUCCAUUCAAAUUAGAUUUGUUUGAUUAGUAAAUCUUAUUUAUUAUAAUUUUAAUGAAAACCAAAUUAUUAUAUGAAAUUUAAAUAAUAAUUUAUAAUUGAACGAAAUGAAACUCUUUUUAUUGUCGAUUCUUACAUUCUUCACUCUAAUCUUAUGUGCUGCAUCAUUACCGCAAGCACCUGAUUUUGGAGUUUCUCCAACGAUUUUUGUAAAGUUAACUGGUACAGCUGACCGUGAUAAAGAACCUACAAUACAAAUUUUUCCUCUUAAUUCGGAUUUGAAGAUUAAAUGGACAAGUGUAGGAAUAAAAGAAAAUCCUACCGUAUUGAUACAAGUUUAUUAUGUAUACCCAACUCUCCCUAAGCCAACUUACAUUCCAUUAUUGAAGAAACAAAAGGAAACAUAUUUAAAUGAAAAUACAUAUACAUUAAAACUUGAUUCAGAUUUAUUUGAAGCUGAAGGAAAAUUUUAUAAAGUAACUGUUACUUUGAAAGAUGAUGAAGAAGUUGUUGGUACUUCUAAAUCUUUCGGUGUCUGUAAUAAAUGCAAAUAAUCUAAAUAAUCUAGAGUUAAGAUGUCAUAUAAAGUAAUGAUUUGUUAAUUAAAAAGUAAUUUUAUGUAAAAACAGUAUAUUAAUUAAUUAAAAAAAUUUAAUAAGUAAUAAACCCAGUUAUGACUAAAAAUAUCAUGAUAUGAAUAAAUAAAUAUCUUAUUUAAAGUAACCAUUUAUUAAAGUUAUUAGUUAUUUUAGAGAAAUGUAAAACGUUCAUAGGUUAGGGGUAUAUUAAGCUGUUCUAAUUUGAUAUAGAUUCACAAUGAAAGAAGAGUGAAUGGUUUUUGAUUGGUCAAUAUAUAAAUCUUAACCAAAGCCGGAGGAAGUAAAGGAUUUAAACAUGUGAACUGAUCGUAGAACUAUUAUAGAUCAAUUUUUUUGUAUUCUUCACGUAGUUUAUCUUUUCCUGUUUUCUCUCUUUGUAAUAAAAAUAUGUAUUAGCCCUGCGAAAAUAUACUUUAUCCCAUCGGUAUUAUGUAUACACCGAUGGAUU